CUCAAUUAUUCUCAUUGGAUACGAUAGAUACAAUGUGAUCGUAAAAGGUAUCACUGGAACCAAAAUCACAAAACCCCAGGCAUCGCUUAUGAUUUUAUCUGUAUGGGUUUACAGUAUCCUCUCUACUCUUGGACCUUUCAUUGGUUGGGGAUCCUACGCUUUAGAGGGAUUUCUUGUCACCUGCAGCUAUGAUUACCUUAAAGAGGAUCUUAACUCCAAAAGCUUUAUUCUAUACACCCUGGUGACCCACUUCUUCCUACCGAUGGCUUUUGUGAUUUUUUUCUAUCUCCAGAUUGCAAGAGCAGUGAUCUGUCAUGAAAAGGCAAUGCAGAAGCAAGCCAAGAAAAUGAACAUUUAUUCACUCAGAACAAAGGAGGAAGACCAAUCUAUUGAAGUUAAAAUAGCUAAGGUAUCUAUUACCAAUGUUCUUCUAUGGAUUGGAACCUGGGGUCCCUACGCUAUUGUAGUACUCAUUGGACUGAUUGGACAGCAUCAAAUUAUUACUCCUUUGUUCUCAGGACUUCCAGGCCUUUUAGCAAAAACCAACAGUUCCUUAAAUCCUCUUGUAUUUGCUAUAUCCCAUCCAAAAUACAGAGAAGCAAUGGCUGCAGAGAUUCCUUGUAUUGUUACAGAGGACACUGAUGAUGUAGAGAAGAAAAGAGAAGAGGACAAAACAGCGUGCACUAAUGCAUGAAGAAAAAAUAUUUUUUUAAUUGCAAAGUGGUGAAAGGAUUUCCUGCAUAUCUGUAUUUAAUCUUUAACCCUGGCUUGGCUUUCUACUUAACCCGCAUAUAUUUAUCCAUCUCUGUUUAGGGAUACUAUUCUCUACGUUUUAGUUUUUUGGUAUUCAGUGUUUUAGUAUAUAAGGAAAAUAUUUCUAUGUUUGAUUAUUGUGAAGUAUGACUGGGCUAAAUCCCUUUUUUAACCAACAAUGUUUCCUGAAUAAAUAGUCUGCAAGAUU